AUGACAAAUAUUCUACCAUUUAUUGUUUUGAUAUCUACGGUUUUGCUGAUUAUUCCAGGUUUGUCAAGGGAUCUGUAACAUUCUGGGGGUAGAUCAAGAACAUAUUUUUUCCUGAAUCUCGAAUUUAAAAAAAAAAAUUUUUUUGGAUAAAACUGGAUUUUUUUCUGGGAAGGUUGUUUUAAAAAUUCUAGAAGGAUUUUAAAGAAUUUGAUUUUAAAUCCUUAGAGAUAUUUAUUUCAGCAUAAUUGAACACCCUUUAGGAAAAAAACCUUCUGAAAUUUGAAGCCAAGAGUUUCCAAUUUCAGAAAGAACAUAUGCACAAGGCGGUGAAUCUAGAAUAUUUUGAUUCUAGAUUAAAGGGACAACCCAGUUUUUUUUUCAAAUCCAGGGAACCUUACAAACUGCCAGCUGGGUAGAUUCCAAAAAAUCCCAAAAACUAUUUGCUUAUUUUUCCAGUUGGCUCAAAAACAACACAACUGAUAUACAAGCGAUUCACAGCCGAGACAUGUAAAAACAAUCCGUGUUUGAAUGGCGGAACUUGUACCCCUGGAAAGCUCGCCUGUCAAUGUGCUCAAGGAUGGAUGGGAAGAUAUUGUCAUAGUGAGUUCGGGCUCAAAAGUUUCAAGUUUUGGGAUUUUUUCUCAACCUGAUUGUACAUAUGUUACAACACAAUAACAAAAUCAUCUGAUUCAUUAUUAUCAAAAAAAAUCCGAGGAAACCAGAAAAUAGAUAUAUCAUAAUAACACAUUUCUACGAUUACGACACAACAAUCCAGAUUUUUUUUGCGCUUCCUAUUUAUUAUCGGCGCGUAUGGUUUAAUCGGUUGGUGUUCAAUCGGAAAAAGAUAAUAGGGUGUUCGCGCGCGCAAAACUUGAUUCUGUCUUGUUUUUGAACAGUUUCUGCCAUUGGGGAUGAAAAGGAAGAUGUUUCAAAUCGGAUUACGUAACAAUAAAAAAGUUGUUUUUUCAGGAAAGUGUCGUAACAUUUACAAAAGUUGUGAUCGCUGGGCAGUUGAGGAUAAAUGUCACACUGUUUUGACUCAAACCAACUUUUUCGAUGUGAACUGUGCGAUCUCGUGCAAUAUGUGCACACCAGAUCCAACUUAUGGUAAGUUGAGAUGACAGGGGAGCCUCAAAAGUGGAUUCAUUGUUUUCAGAAGCUCCUGAGAUUCCACUGGCUCCAGCUUUAGAGCCAAUGCAAUUUUUCUUGGGAAAAUGGCAUUCGCAAGCAUCAAAGGGACUUCGAUUCCCAACGGAUUUAUAUGAUAAUGAAUAUGAGGAGACGAUUGAUAUUGCGCCAGCAAAUGUUCCAAUGUUUGGGCCACCAUCUUUGAAUUUUACGUGAGUUUUGGGGUUGAAGAUUGAGACAGGGGAUUCAAAAUGUUCUAUAAAAUUUAUGAGCAAAAUUUGGAAAAAGUUCAAACUUUUAUCCUAAUUUUCUGGUUCCACAAGUUUUUGGUUUUCUGAAAUUUUUCUAGGUUAGUAAAAUCAGCUGACGAAAUUUUACAAGGAAUUUCUUUUUAAAAAAAUUACCCAAUAUUUCUUUUUUAAUUUCUCAUCAUAUUUCAAAAAUUCCUAGUUUCAUCGAAGAUCUGAUCUGAUAUUUUUUAAAUUAAAAUUUUUCUAGAAGCACAUCCUGGUAUAAAGAUGAUGUCCGAGUUAUGCAUGGAUUCAUCACCCUGAAGCCAAACUCAUUCCCACCAGAGGUUGCAAUUUUAUCAACAAGUAAUGAAGGAUUAAAUAUGAUCGAGUUAGGAACACUGAAACAUCAUGUUUUAACUCUAAAUGUUUCGUAUAUGCAAGUUCAUCCAAUUAUGGAUAGCACAGUUUUGCCACUUGGAGUGAGUUUUUUUCUCUGUUUUUUCAAAAAUCUUUAAAAAAAAUUGUUUGCAGGCGACUAGAAGAUUCCGUCGAGUUGGAUCCCUUCUAGAAAUGACAGUAGCCAAAUUAUUCAGUGAUAAUAAAGUGUCGCAAUUCAAGAAAAUGUUCCGUAAAAUUGGCGAAUACGCAUUCUAA